UCCAGAACCGGCAGCAAACGAUACCAUAAGGAGAGUUCCAAUAUCGCGGACACGAUGAGUUGUGGGCGUUUCGUAGCGACUGCUUUUAUUGGGCUGUUGUGUUUUACCACGGCAGCCUAUUCGGAAGACGACGCCGUGUGGGGCUAUCAAUGUGUCAACGAUCGCUGUGUUAAAACGGCGAUAUCCAGUGCGUCUUACCCAAAGGAGAAAGCCAUUAGCUUACCAGCAUGCCGGCUAUUUUGUGGCCCCGCAGUCGGCCUCGUCUGGCCAUUGCCUUCUGGGGAUGUCAGCAUGAAAAAUGAUAUUGCACACAUCGAUCCGGAUCAGAUAUGGUUCGAAUGGAAUGAAAACUUCCACGCUCUUGUUCCGCUGUGGGAAGCGAACAAGGAACGGUUCCGAAAGCAACUGAAAACCAGAGCACAGGGUGCGAAGCUGAAGAGCGGCGGUAGAGCUUUGCGCAUCAAGAUCAACGUCGAGAAUGAUUCGGUCACCUUAAACUACGCAACUGACGAAAGCUACAAGCUAGUCAUUGCAAGUGGUACGGACGGAGAGCUUCUGGCGACAAUCACUGGUAAAACGUUUUUCGGCGCACGACACGGGUUAGAAACGUUAUCACAGUUGAUCUGGCUCGAUGAAAUCCGCAACGAACUGCAGAUGGUUGUUGAAAUGAACCUUAGCGAUGCACCGGCUUAUCCCCACCGUGGGCUGGCUCUGGAUACUUCCCGAAACUUCAUUGACGUCGUAUCGCUCCGUCGUACGAUUGACGGCAUGGCCAUGGUAAAGCUGAACGUGUUCCACUGGCAUAUUACGGAUUCACAGAGCUUCCCGUUGGAGAUUAAAUCGCGCCCAACGCUACACACGUAUGGUGCGUAUAAUCGACGCAACGUGUAUACGCUCGAAGAUGUGCGCGAGCUGGUACAGUACGCGCUGGAGCGUGGUAUUCGCAUUAUUCCCGAACUUGACGCACCAGCACACGUGGGCGAAGGCUGGGAAAAGCUCGGAGUGACGGCGUGCUUCAACUACCAACCUUGGGAAAAUUAUUGUGUCGAGCCGCCAUGCGGUCAGCUUGAUCCCACGAAGAGUGAGGUAUACGAUAUCUUGGAUGAUGUUUACCGAGAGAUGAACGCUAUGUUCGAUCGAUCUGAUGUGUUCCAUAUGGGUGGGGACGAGGUGUCCAUUCGAUGCUGGAACGCCACGGGUAGCAUUCAGAAGUGGAUGAAUGACCAAGAAUGGGGUUUAACUGAGCAGGACUUCAUGAAGCUGUGGAACUACUUCCAGACGGAAGCGCUUCGUCGGCUGGACCAAACAUUGCCCGCUGGAGAAAAACGUCCCAUCGUCAUGUGGACAAGUAAGCUCACGGAAUCGCCCUAUCUGGAGCAGUACCUCGACAAAGAUCGCUACAUCAUUCAAGUGUGGACCACUGGUAACGAUAGCAAAGUGAGUAACCUGCUGGAGAAAGGAUACCGAUUGAUCAUGUCGAAUUACGACGCACUUUACCUGGACUGCGGCUUUUCCGGGUGGGUAACGGAUGGCAGCAACUGGUGCGCUCCAUACAUCGGCUGGCAGAAGGUGUACAACAACGAUCUGAUGGCGAUCGGUGGGCCGUAUGCGCAGCAGAUCCUCGGGGGUGAGGCAGCCCUAUGGACGGAACAGUCCGACAGCUACACGUUGGAUAAUCGUCUUUGGCCGAGAUUGAGCGCACACGCCGAAAGGUUGUGGACCAAUCCGCGGGCUGGUUGGCAAAUGGCUGAAGCACGUAUGCUCAUGCACCGUGAACGCCUGGUUGAGGAAGGAAUCGCAGCGAACAGCAUUCAACCGAAAUGGUGCCUACAGAAUGAAGCCAACUGUCCAAUCGGGGGCGACGGAGGUCGUUCGUGAAAAAGCCUAGUCCUCUCGUCUAGUGGACUUGAUCAAAGGGAACAAAAAUGAGCAUUGUCUCGAUGAAUUUCAAUAGUUUCAACACACGUCCUUAUAUAUUCUACACGACUAGCUUCUUCCAUAGCCUUUAACGCCGUUAACUAGUUGAUUCCAUGCCACAGUUUAGAGAAGCACCAACAAAUGUUUGAGUAUAUAAAUAAAUGAUACUUGUUUAUUGGUUACACUUGA